AUGGCUGAAAGAUUAGAUGUCGUCAUUUUUGGUGCUAGUGGAUAUACAGGAAAAUAUGCCAUCAUCAGCUCAAUCAAUAUAUUAAAGGGAUACAAGUGGGGUGUUGCAGGAAGAAAUAAGCAAAAGUUACAAGAUACAUUAAAGGAAGUCGAGAAAAAGACUAAUCAGGAACUAUCAAGCAUUCCAAUAAUAAUCGCAGAUAUUAAUGAUGAAAAGUCAUUGAAAGAAAUGACAUCACAAGCUAAAGUGGUGGUUAACUGCUGUGGACCAUAUAGAUUCUAUGGCGAACAAGUCGUUAAGGCAUGCGUUGAAACUUCUACUAGUCAUGUAGAUGUAUCAGGCGAGCCUCAAUACAUGGAAACAAUGCAAUUAAAGUAUAAUGAUGCUGCUCGUGAAAAAGGCAUUUACAUUGUGUCAGCUUGUGGAUUUGACAGCAUUCCAGCAGAUAUGGGAACUGUCUUUUUACAAGAACAGUUUAAUGGUACAGUGAAUUCAGUCGAGACUUUCAUAACUUGGGGAUUUACUGAAGGAUAUAAGCCAUCAGGAGCAAGCAUUCAUUAUGGAACUUAUGAAUCUGCAGUUUAUGGAUAUGCUCAUGCAAAUGAAUUGGGCGGAAUUAGAAGACAAUUGUUUAAGAACAGACUUCCAAAAUUUACACCAACUCUUAAGAACAAACCUUUUGCACAUAAGCAGCCAGUCAUUGGAGAUAAAUGGUGCAUCCAGUUCAUGGGAUCAGAUAGAUCUGUUGUUUCUCGUUCACAAAGAUUCUUUUUUGAAGAACAAAAUAAACGACCAGUCCAAAUGCAAGCUUAUAUCUCAUUUGGAAGCUUCUUUGCCUUAACUACAACCAUUUUCAUCGGAUUUAUAUUUGGAAUUUUGGCACGUUCUGAAUUUGGCAGACGUUUACUAUUGAAUCAUCCAAAAUUCUUUACAUUUGGUGCUGUAAGUCACGAAGGUCCAUCAGAAGAGAAGAAUGCAAAUUCAAUUUUAGGAAUGUACUUUGUUGGUGAAGGAUGGAAGGAAAAACUAAGCGAACCAACUGAUCAAUUUGAUGCUCCAAUGAACAAGAAAAUUAUUACAAAAGUAACAUCUAAGGAUCCUGGAUAUGGAGCUACCUGCGAUGCUCUAGUCUUGACUGCCAAGACUAUUUUGAAGGAAAGUGAUAAGAUGCCUAAUAAUGGUGGUGUUUUUGCUCCAGCAGCUGCUUUCAGCAAUACUAGUUUAUUGAAAGAAUUGCAGAAUAAUGGAUACACAUUUGAAGUAAUUAAGGUUGAAGAGAAGUAA